GCAGCAGAGAGCUACAGCUGCAGAGCUAAAAUGGAAUAAAUGUCAGCCUCCGGGGAGAAGGCGAUCCCUGCAGCCAUCAUGCGGGAAAGGAGACGGUGAAAGGACACACAGGGCAGGUUUCAGACCUGAGAAAGCGGAGUGAGCCGAUCGCGGCACCCUAAGAUCGCAGCCAGUGGGCAGAGCCAGGCAGCAGCCUCCCUGCAGCCAGCAAGUCUGCGCUGAGAGGCUGCAGAAGCGCAAGCUCAGCGUCGCACGCAGCACCUACGGAUACUGGCACGGACAAGGUGGGGAUUCCAGCUGCUGCCCUACCCAGCCAGGACCAGGUCUGACUCAGGACAAAGGAGCAAAAGCCUGAAAGAACGUUGUGGACAGGCUUUAAGUGCAUUGUCUGCUGGACUGAAAAGAUGAUGGAGAGCACGGGAGGGCCGUAUCUGAACACCGCUGCUGUGACGUCCCCUGUGGGAAUAGCUCGUUUGCUGCAGAUAACGUUUGGCUGCACCACGUUCAGCCUGGUAGCCCACCGGGGAGGAUUCAGCGCAGCAUACGGCACUUUCUGCAUGUUUGUCUGGACCUUCUGCUUCGCCAUCACUGUCUUCAUCCUCACCUGCGAGUUCACACAUCUGCACAGAUGCCUGAGCAUUUCCUGGGGUAACUUCACCGCCGCCUUCGCCAUGCUCGCCACGCUCAUGUCCGUCACGGCCGCAGUGAUCUAUCCGCUCUACUUUGUCCAGCUGGACUGUUACCCCAUCAGCUGUGAGGUGAGAGACUUUCGCAUUGCAGCCAGCGUCUUCGCUGGCCUCCUGUUCAUUGCUUACGCUGUUGAGGUCUUCCUAACCAGGGCAAAGCCAGGACAAGUCAGCAGUUACAUGGCCACCGUCUCCGGGCUCUUGAAAAUUGUGCAGGCCUUUGUGGCCUGCAUUAUCUUUGGGGCUCUGGUGAAUGACAGCCAGUAUAGCAAAUAUGUGGCAAUGCAGUGGUGUGUGGCAGUCUACAGCUUUUGCUUCGUGGUGACAGUGGUGGUAGUGGCCUUUAGUGUCACAGGUAAGACUGCCUUGCUGUGGUUCCCCUUCGAGCGCUCCGUGGUCAUCUACACCUUGGGGGCCGUGCUGCUGUACGUGAGCGCAGCGGUCAUCUGGCCGGUGUUCUGCUUCGACAGCAAGUACGGCUCCCCGCGGCGCCCUGGCCUCUGUGCCAAGGGCAAGUGCCCCUGGGACAGCCAACUGGUGAUUGCCAUCUUCACCUAUGUGAACUUGCUGCUCUACAUCGUGGACCUGGCGUACUCCCAGCGCAUCCGCUUCGUCUCACACAUCUGAAAUGUGGGGCUGCUGCUGCAAAGCCAUCCCAGCGCCGUCAGCAGCAGCAGCCGGGAUGCAGCAGGAGACAGGAUGCAAGGAAGAGAGAUGCUCAUCAGGCACGUGUGCAAGAACCAUCAACCAAACCUCAUGGCCAAGACUGACUGGACUCGCAAAUUAAGGACCUGUAGUGGGUGGGCUGCAACUGAUGCUGGGAAAAUCCUACCCACCCCCUCUACCGCUCCACAUCUGCCUCAGCCGCCUGGUGCCAGAGCAAAGACACAGUGCAGCCCAAAGUAUGCAAAAUGGCCUUUCAUCUCCUGGCAUCAGAAAUGCUUGCUGCUGCAAGAGUGGGUCUGCAGGCUACUGGAUUACUGAGCUAAAUAUUAGGAAAGACACCAGGGAUUUUGAAAUUGUUACCAAAGCUUAACUGUAAUCAAGUGACUACCCAGGAAGUGGGCAAGUUAAAGUCUGCAUCAAGGAACACCAGUGCUGGAGACGAAAAACAAUCCUUCAGAGUUUGGGUUAGUUUGGGCUAGUUUGGGCUGUGUGGUGAGACAAGAAAUGCUUGCAAGUGUGGGAAAUUCCAGUCAGGAUGUUUCUGAGAAGAACAUCAUAGCUGUAAUAGCAUUCUGGAGAUUACCAUCCCUUUCCCUUUCUCUCCUCUCCUUCACUGUUUAGCACAGCAGAUAGAAAUUAAAAUCUGUGAAGUUUGGCCUCUACUGCCAAGAAAUAUGAUGUAGAACAGGGACAAACUGCAAAGUAACUGGGUGUACCUUGACAUCCUUGCUCAGACAUGAUCGGGAGGCACCUUGGCACAUGCUGUGUCUCAGUCCAUGUGCCACUGGAGUUUUUUAUACUGAUGUCAGAAUUGUGUGUGGGUUUUUUUUGCCCUGGGAGCUUAAAGGUCAGUUCUGGGAGGAAAGGGGAAGGUGAUGCAGAAAUGAACUGAUCUCACAAUGCUGCAUAAAAGACCGGACAAGGGCCGGGGGACACAGAUAGAAUGGGACACGACAAAACUUGCCUGCAGAUUGGGAGUGCUGCCUCAGCCUGGAUCAGGCACCGGGAUUCCCGAGCACUCUGCGUCACCAACAAGCUGCAUUUCUCUGACCCAUCCCUAACAAAACACCCACUUUGAAGUCCCACACUGCAUAGCUCAGAUUUCAAGCUUAAUAGGAAGAAACGUUCUUCAUUUCUGAUCCAGUGAGAAACCAAAGCAGUCUGAAUAUUUGUGCAGAAGCAUGCAGACUAGAUAGGUUUGAUUAAAGUCUGGAGUAGCUGACUGUCAGAAGCAAGAUUUAUUUUUUAACCAAAUUAAAAUAAAGCUGAAUGGCAGACUGACUACA